AUGGUUUCAGACAUGUCUUUAAUCAGGGUGGCGCCAAAAAACAUACUUGCAAAUUUGAAACUGAAAAGACCUGAAAGUGUUUCAAAUAUCAAGCAGGUAUACAAUGCGCGUUAUCAAACCAACAUGGCGAUAAGAGGUCCUAGAUCCAAAAUGCAACAACUUUGGAAGCUUUUGGAUGAUAACCAAUAUGUUUCUAGGUACAUAAUUUGUGAAGACAAUGUCACUAUUUGUGUCAUAUUUUGGACUCACCCCGAAAGUAUCAAGUUGUUCAACAUAUUUCCCAGUGUCCUCAUAAUUGAUUCAACGUAUAAGACCAACAAGUAUAGGCUUCCGCUUCUGGAAAUUGUUGGUGUUACUUCUACGGAGAAGACUUUUUCAGUAGGAUUUGCAUUUUUGGAAUCCGAAAAAAAAGGUCAAUGUUACACGGGCCUUGAAAAUGUGUGA